AGGUUCCUUUAAAACAGGAGAGUCUAUAGAGAUUCAGAAUAAGAGAAGAACUGACAGACAGACUGAUUGAUUAACUGUCUGAGGAUCUUCUACCACACAAACCAUACAGGAUGUGUCGUCUGGCCCUCCUGUGUCUUCUCUCGGCCCUGUCUGUUAGCUGGGCUAAGCCCCGCCUCCCUCUACUGUCUCCUGAGAUGGUUCAGUACAUCAACAACGCAGACACCACAUGGAUGGCUGGCCAGAACUUCCACAAUGUUGACAUCAGUUAUGUGAAGAGUUUGUGUGGAACCCUGCUGAAGGGACCCAGGCUGCCAGAGCUGGUGCAGUCUGAUGAGGACAUGAGUCUGCCAGACAGCUUUGACGCACGGCUGCAGUGGCCCAACUGUCCCACCAUCAAAGAGAUCAGAGACCAGGGAUCCUGUGGCUCCUGCUGGGCCUUUGGGGCAGCUGAGGCCAUCUCCGACAGGUAUUGUAUCCAUAGCAAUGGCAAGGUCUCCGUGGAGAUCUCAGCUGAGGACCUGUUGUCAUGCUGUGAUGCCUGUGGCAUGGGGUGUAUGGGGGGCUUCCCAUCAGCUGCCUGGGACUACUGGGCUGAGUCUGGGCUGGUUACAGGGGGGCUCUACGGAUCCAAUAUAGGCUGUAGACCUUACAGCAUCGCUCCGUGUGAGCAUCACGUGAACGGAACACGCCCCCCCUGCACAGGUGAGGGUGACACGCCUAAGUGUGUGUCCGAGUGCAACGCUGGAUACACCCCCUCCUACAAGAAGGACAAACGCUUCGGAAAGCAGACGUACAGCGUUCCCCCGAAGGAACAGCAGAUCAUGACUGAGCUCUAUAAGAAUGGCCCAGUGGAGGCAGCCUUCUCUGUCUAUGAGGACUUCCUCCUUUACAAGACCGGUGUGUACCAGCAUGUGACUGGACAGAUGCUGGGGGGUCAUGCCAUCAAGAUCCUGGGCUGGGGAAAGGAGAAUAACACCCCCUACUGGCUGGUUGCCAACUCCUGGAACACAGACUGGGGUGACAAUGGGUUCUUCAAGAUCCUGCGGGGAAAGGAUGAGUGUGGCAUUGAAUCCGAGAUAGUGGCGGGGAUACCGCGGCUUUGUUUCUUCAAGAUCCUGCAGGGAAAGGACGAGUGUGGCAUCGAAUCAGAGAUAGUGGCUGGGAUCCCACGACUUAAGAGGAGUCCAGGCUUAUCCCCAGGACUGGGCACUGUCAUGCUGCUGUCUCACUCCGACCUAUGGAAAGUGUGUUUGGAGAACAUCUACAGACCCUACACGGUGGUCCUCGCCACCAUCACCGCUGCCCUGCCUGCACCCUGUAAGAUAUGCUUUCAUCCACUGUUCCCCAGCACCUUUUACUCAUAUGCAGUUUUGUUCCAUUGCCCAACCACUACAGCUCGCAGAAUAUAUGUCCCACAGUGUGUGAUUGUCUGUUUGGUUGUCUCUGCUUAUUCCACACUGUUUUCACACAUUUCCAUCUUCUCUUUCAUUCUCCCUCUGUCUCUCUCACACCCACACUUACUCCUGUACACAUCUUUGAUUAGUCCCUUUUGCUUAAACACACACAUGCUCACAUACCCAUGUCCUCUCUCUCUCUCUCACCCUCAGACACCAGUCCUGGUGUGUAGCGAUGCAUUCCGUGUGUUCCUACAGAGGCACUGCCCCGUGGUGGCUGAGCCCUUCAGCCCUACUCCCUGGUGCUGGGGAGGCCGGCUGCAGACACUGGUCAGAGUGCUCAUCAAGUCCAGCCCCCAGGUCGACUACAGGAAUGAGUUGAUCAGGACGGCUGACGGAGGUCAGAUCUCUCUGGACUGGGUAGAUAACGGGGACAGUGCUGCCUACCCAGAAUGCUACUCUCGUCCCACAGUGCUCAUCCUGCCGGGCCUCACAGGGAACAGUCGUCAGACCUACGUCCUCCACGCCGUCAGCCAAGCCACCCGCCGCGGAUACAGAUGUGUGGUCUUCAACAAUAGAGGGUUUGGAGGAGAAGAACUACUGACCCCAAUGACCUUCUGUGCGGCGGACACCUCGGACCUGGAGUGGGUGGUCCUCCAUGUCAGAGAACUCUUCCCACAAGCCCCUCUGCUGGGCACCGGCGUGUCUCUGGGAGGCAUGCUCUUGUUGAACUACCUGGCUCGUAAGGGUAGUGAGGCAGGGCUUGUUGCCGGCCUCACAAUGUCUGUCAGCUGGGACACCCUGGAGUCCUGUGCCUCGCUGGAACAACCAAUCAACCGCCUGAUCUUCAACCGACACCUCGCCAGCAACCUGUGCCAAGCCAUUAACAGACACAGGAAGAUGUUGGAGACUGUGGUGGAUGUGGACCAUGUACUAAAGGCACGUACUAUCCGGGAGUUUGACGAGCGCUACACAUCAGUCUUGUUUGGCUAUAAGUCCUGUCUGGACUACUACCAGGAGGCCAGCCCAAACUACAAGCUUCCCAGGACGACAGUGCCCAUUCUCUGCCUCAAUGCGGCCGACGACCCCUUCUCCCCCAAACAUGCUCUCCCGGUGGCCCUAGCCAAGCGCCUGCCUAACGUAGCGCUGUUGGUGACGUCCCACGGCGGACAUAUAGGCUACCUGGAGGGCCUUUACCCGCGUGGGGAGGGCUACAUGGACCGCCUGUUCGGCCAGUUCAUUCAGGCAGCCUUCGAUCACCCAGGGGACCUCAAAGGGGCCUGCAGCAUCAAGGAAGAGCUUCUGGAUUCCUCAUAUGAAGAUCCAUGUAGGAACUGUAGCAGCUACACAGACUCACGCUCCUUCCUACCCCACCUCUCUACACAACCUACAGCCAUGGAGGGCCACGUAGAUGAGCUGAGGCAGCAGCUGGAGAAACAGACCCUGAUCAACCAGGAGCUGCAGAACCACAACAAGGACCUAGAGAGAAGACUGCAGGAGAAGGAGAAGUUGCUGCAGGACCUUCACAGUCAUUAUCAUGACCUGGGUAAGGGGAUUCAUAGUUCCCUGCUCAGAGGAGCAGUAAUGAAGGGGAACCGGAGGUCAGGAAGAGCAGAGCGGCUGUCAUGGCCCCUGAGCCAAUCCCAGAGGAGCAGCUGGAGAUCUUGAAGACCAAAGUCAAGAAGACCGUCAGGUGAUUGCGAGACAAGUCUGAUCGUCAUGGCCAUCCAGAAGAACGACUUCCUGAGUCGCCUUGACGAUGAGCAGAUCACCAUGAUGGUGGAGCUCCUGGUGGCCAUCGACUUCAAACCAGGAAAUGAUGUCAUCAAGGAGGGUAGUGAGGGAGACAGUAUGUACAUCGUUGCAGAGGGUGAGCUCUAUGUCAGUCAAGCAGGUCGUAACCUUCGAACCCUGACCUGUGGAGAUGUCUUUGGAGAGUUGGCUAUUCUGUAUAACUGCAAACGCACUGCCACAGUCAAAGCUAAAACAGUGGUGAGUCUGUGGUGUAUGGAGAGACAGACGUACAGAACCAUCAUGACCAAUAAGUCCAAGAAGAAACGUGAACAGAUAAUGGGCUUCUUGAAAACGUCUCGGACUCUGAACACCCUGAAUGACGUUCAGCUCUCUAAGAUCAUUGACUCCAUGGAGGAGGUGAAGUACCAGAACAAUGACGUCAUUGUGCGUGAGGGGGCAGAGGGCAACACGUUCUACAUCAUCCUUAAAGGAGAGGUCCAGGUGACUAAAAAGGUGAACAGGCAGCAGAAACAGAUUCGCAGGAUGGGCAAAGGGGAGCAUUUCGGGGAAUUGGCCCUCAUACGUGAGAUCCUGAGGACUGCAACCUGCACUGCUCUGGGCCCUGUUACCUGCUUCUCCAUCGAUAAGGAGGUGUUUGAGGAGACGAUCCCCAUUGAACACCUGGAGCUCCAUGAUGACUCUAAGUUCCUGGAGGAGCCAGAUGCUCCAGAGAAGACCAGUCCUAGUUCCUCUCUGAGGCUGAAGGACCUGAUCCCUGUGCUGUACCAGGAGGGGCGCUACCAGGGAGAACCUGUCACCCUCGGAGUGGGAGGAUUUGGUCGCGUUGAACUGGUGACCACGCUGCACCAUGGGAAGUACUUUGCCAUGAAGCGGGUCAGUAAGAAGCACAUUGUUGCUAAGCAACAGGAGGAGCACGUCCUGUUUGAGAAGAGGAUCCUCAAAGCCAUCCAGAGUGACUUCAUCGUCAGGCUCCAUUUUGCCUUCAAAGACACUCGCUACAUCUACAUGAUUAUGGAGUUCUGUGCAGGAGGGGAGAUCUGGACCAAGCUCAAAGAAGUUGGUCGCUUCGAUGAGCCCAUUGCUGUGUUCUGCACUGCCUGUGUAGUAGAGGCCUAUGCCUACCUCCAUAAGAAGGGCAUCAUGUACAGAGACCUCAAGCCUGAGAAUCUGAUGCUGGAUGCCAAGGGCUACGUCAAACUGGUGGACUUUGGUUUUGCUAAGGAGUUAGUUCACGGUGAUAAGACCUACUCAUUCUGUGGUACUCCUGAGUACAUGGCCCCAGAGAUCAUCCAGAACCAGGGACACGACUUCGCUGCUGACUUCUGGUCCCUGGGCAUCCUGGUCUAUGAGCUGCUGGUGGGGAGCCCCCCAUUUUCCAGUUCCGAGCCCGCAAAGAUCUACCCUAAAAUUUUGGAUGGGUUGCUCAAGUUCCCCCCAUACAUGGGCGAGGGGGCCAAGUCCCUCAUCAGUAAACUGUGCAGACCUCGGCCGGGUCAGAGGCUGGGAAACACCAAGAAUGGGAUCAAAGAUGUCCGCCAUCACAGGUGGUUCAGUAGUAUGAAUUGGCACAAGCUUCGUGUGGGCCAGGUGGAGGCUCCUACAAUCAGACUCAUACACAAGGGUCCAUGCUACAUCAACUUUGACCGCUUCCCCUUCGACCAGGCUAAGGCCGACGAGGAGUUCUCCGGCUGGGACAAACACUUCUGACUCCAACCAGAACCAGAACCUGAACCAGAAACAGUCCAAGAGGGUCAGAGUUCAGAGGUCCCACCGGGGCUCACUGAUAGGUGGAUCCAGACCAGAUUACUUCUUGGUGACCUCAAUGGUCCCGUUACCUUUUAGACUCUGAAAGACAAAUGCACCGUAUUGGCAGGAAUAGGACUAUGCUCAGAGCCAUAGAUACACAUGGAUAGGUUCUGACUACUUUGUAAUAAGGCUCUAAUUUCACCAUGCUGGCUUCACAGAAAAGAUACUGUACAACACUGAGAGGUAUGAAGUCAAAUGUGUGAAUAAGAACAGCCACUCAUGCAUACAUACCUUCUAAUCUUUGUAGAUGCCAUCUUAACUUGACAUGUGCUCACUGAAAGCUGUAUGUGUGUGUUGUGCUCAAAAGAAAGAUGAGUAAAUAUAAAUGGCUGGAUGUAAUGUCUCAUGUUGGACAAAAUGUAUGAAUUUACCCUUGACACUCAUUGUACUGUGUAACUCUGGAUGGCAUUGUCAUUGUAUUUACUGUGUUAGUGUCUAUGUCUUGUAGCAUAUACUGUCUGUAUAGAAUACUAAAUGUAUGUGUUUCACUUUCAAAUAAAUAUAAUGACCCCUUAAUAAACAUAGAGAACAGGUGUUGUAGUACAACAUGUCAACACUAGGGGGCCGAAUAGGAAGGAACACGAUCUGCUCUCAGUACAGCAUAGUGUGUUCUCAAUGUCUGUUCUCUGAGUCCUGUAAUGUAAUUUAGUACAGACAGCAGGUUUUGUAUGGAGUGAUGUACUAUGUAUUAUUCAAACAUCAUUACAGUGUCUGUUAGAUUGACUAAAGCUCUUUUAAGUCAUCAGUCCACUCACGACAAACAUCUUAUCAGGAAGGAAAUACAAAACAACAAAUCAAUCUCCUGGGGCUAUGCCUAAUCUGUGAUGGUGGGCUGAAGUACAUCGGUUUCCUAUUGGAUUAAAAAGGCGCUGAAUGAUUGAUCAAUAUGAUUGGUCCAAGGGCAGUACACAUUGUCAUUGACAAUAAUACUAUUAUGAUAAAUCAUAUUUUUGAUAAGCUGCCAACAACAGCUUUCAGUGUUUGUUACUAUUGUUUUUCCUUUCUGUGUAUCUGCCAGCCUGUCAUUGUAAAUAAGAAUUUGUUCUUUACUGGCUCGCCUGGUUCAAUAAAGGUUAAAGAAAUAAUAAGCUAGAUAAAAUACA